GCAGAGCAGAGCAACACGGCAUCCACAGCUACAGCAUCCUGCAGAGGACUCUUGCUCCAUGGAGGAGAGGAAGGGGGGAAAAGAGCCAGUGUUGGAGAAAAAAGGGUAGCUCCACAAAUGAAAUGAUACCAGAGGGAGGGGGGAAGAAAAGCACAGAAGGAGUAAGAGCGCGAAAUGAAAGGAACUGAUUAAACACCGCUGCUUGAGGACCACUGCAGCUAUACUAAAUCUGGAGCUGUCAGGCCAACCCUCAGCAAAGCAGUGAGUGAGAGAGGCAAGGGAGCAGAGGAGAAAAAGAAGUGAUUUUGAGAGCUGAUCUCAUCACUCUGGACUAACAGGGAUGGGACCCACAAGAGCCUCUCCGUCAGCAGACCAAACUUCACACAGGAAAAGUGCCUUUCAAUCACCAGUCUGAACCUGCCUCUUCAGAAGAGAGUUAUUCUAUUAGUUCCCUAAAGGUCAUACAAACCUCACAUAGGAUCUUUGACUACUGCGCUGCUGAGUACAGCUCAAGUCUCUACUGUCCUCGCUCCCUCCCCCCUCUGUCCUCUAUCGCACCUGCCUGCUCCCGGUGAAUGUUUUCUCUGCGUGCACUCUUACUGCUCAGCAGUUGAACACACUCAUGGUCGAUGCCAAGGGAAGGAACAUGAAAUGUCUGACUUUCUUCUUAAUGCUUCCUGAGUCAGUGAAAAGCAAGUCAAGCAAAAGCUCCAAGAAAGGGAAUGCGAGUGGCAGCUCCAAGCUGCCCCCAGUCUGUUAUGAGAUAAUCACACUUAGGAGCAAGAAAAAGAAGAAGAUGGCAGCGGACAUUUUUCCCACCAAAAAGCCAGCAUCCACCACUACAGUGCAACAGUACCAGCAGCAGAACCUCAACAACAACAACACAAUUCAAAACUGUAACUGGCAGGGACUCUACUCCACUAUAAGAGAGAGAAAUUCUGUGAUGUUCAACAAUGAGCUCAUGGCAGAUGUUCACUUUGUUGUGGGUCAGCCUGGAAGGACCCAGCGACUGCCGGGACACAGAUAUGUGUUGGCUGUGGGCAGCUCGGUGUUUCACGCCAUGUUUUAUGGUGAACUUGCUGAGAACAAGGAUGAAAUCCACAUACCAGAUGUGGAACCGGCAGCAUUUCUGGCAAUGCUGAAGUACAUUUACUGUGAUGAAAUUGACCUGAGUGCCGACACAGUGUUGGCCACUCUUUACGCUGCCAAGAAGUACAUUGUCCCUCACCUGGCACGUGCCUGUGUCAACUUCCUGGAGACUAGUCUGAGUGCCAAGAAUGCCUGUGUGCUACUCUCUCAGAGCUGCCUGUUUGAGGAGCCAGAGCUGACACAGCGCUGCUGGGAGGUGAUUGAUGCCCAGGCCGAGUUGGCGUUACGCUCAGAGGGCUUCUGCGACAUCGAUGCCCAGACCCUGGAGAGUAUCUUGCAGCGGGAAACGCUCAACGCUAAAGAGAUAGUGGUAUUUGAGGCAGCACUUAACUGGGCAGAGGCUGAGUGCCAGAGACAGGAGCUUACCUCGUCAACUGACAACAAGCGUAAGGUUUUGGGCAAGGCCAUGUACCUGAUACGUAUCCCUACUAUGGCUCUGGAUGAUUUUGCCAAUGGAGCAGCCCAGUCAGGCGUGCUAACACUUAAUGAGACCAAUGACAUCUUCCUGUGGUAUACAGCUGCCAAGAAGCCUGAGCUGCAGUUUGUCAGUCAACCUAGGAAGGGCCUCCUACCCCAGCGCUGCCACAGAUUCCAGUCCUGUGCCUACCGAAGCAAUCAGUGGCGCUAUCGAGGCCGCUGUGACAGUAUACAGUUUGCAGUGGAUAAAAGAGUUUUUAUUGCUGGGUUUGGACUGUAUGGAUCUAGCUGUGGCUCAGCAGAGUACAGUGCCAAGAUUGAGCUGAAACGCCAAGGAGUACUGCUCGGACAAAACCUUAGCAAAUACUUCUCUGAUGGUUCCAGCAAUACUUUCCCGGUGUGGUUUGAGUAUCCGGUCCAGAUCGAGCCCGAUACCUUCUACACUGCCAGUGUGGUUCUCGAUGGGAAUGAGUUGAGCUACUUUGGACAGGAAGGAAUGACAGAAGUACAGUGCGGGAAAGUAACAUUUCAAUUCCAGUGCUCCUCAGACAGCACUAACGGCACUGGGGUGCAAGGAGGGCAGAUUCCUGAACUUAUCUUCUAUGCUUGACGACACCUGUUCAAACUUCUGGCUGAUUCUCAGUGCACUUUUGAAAAUGGAAAAGUAUCACUUUGUGCAUAGUGUCACUUUCUGUUAUUUAUUUUUGUCACUAUUGUGCAAAAAAAAAAAAAAAA